UAAUUGAGUUUAUAUAAUAAAUAAACAAUCGUAUCUUAUUAAUCUGAAUUGUUAUGAGAUCGAUAACAUGUCAACUUAGCUAAAAUAUUUACGUCCCGAUUGUAGGUAUUCUUUUAAUCAUAUCGAACUUUACGAUACGUUUACUUAUGUAAUGCCUCGUCCUCACGCUUGGCGUUCGCCGCAAACUUCAAACCUCUACAAACGCUUGGCAAACUUUGGUAAGACAAACGUCGAUAUCCACACGUUUGCGAGCUUGUCAGUGUGUUCAGGAGACACAAGCAUGAUGGACGUCGAGGUAUUAUCUGCCAUAACAUUUAGCUUAACUUAUUUUUAUUAUAAAAAGAAACAAAGUGAAAAGAUGAAAAGAAAGCGAAAAGUUCAACAAAGAAGAUGGUGGAUGAUAAAAAUUCAUAGAAACCGCACUAGAAAAUUUAUUGAAGAAAAAUUCAAUGAACUCCUUCUUGAACCCUCUGGACAAUUUGAUAACUUCUGCCGGAUGACUUACACUGAUUUUGAAUUAUUGCUAAGCAGAAUUUCCCCUAUCAUUUCAAAGAAAGAUACUGACUUCAGAGAAGCUAUACCAGCGAAAUAUCGUCUGGCAAUAACUCUAAGAUUUUUAGCAUCUGGUGAUAGUUACAAAAGUUUACACUACUUGUUUAAAGUUUCUGUUCAAAUAAUAUCAAAAAUCAUACCUGAAGUUUGCAGAGCUAUUAAUAAAGUUCUAAAGGAUGAAAUUAAGAUGCCCUCAACAUCAGAAGGCUGGAUCGCUAUAGAGAGAGGAUUCAGAAGUAAAUUCCCUCAUUGCGUGGGUUCACUCGAUGGAAAACAUAUAGUUAUUGAAAGCCCACCUCACAGUGGAACUGAAUAUUAUAACUAUAAAAAAACAUUUAGCAUAGUUCUCCUAGCAUUAGUUGAUAGCAAUUAUAAACUUAUUUUUGUAGACAUAGGAAGUCAAAGGAGAAUCAGUGACGGUGGAGUUUUCAACAAUUCAUUACUACGGCAGAGACUUUGCAGGAAUGAAAUUAAUUUUCCUUCACCAUGCCCACUCCCCGGGUCAAAUAAUAAUGUGAACGUACCGUACGUUAUUAUAGCAGAUGGUGCUUUUGCACUAAGUACACACGUCAUGAAGCCCUAUCCAGGCAAUCAUGAUAUCGGUUCACCGAAAAGAAAAUUCAAUCAGUGUUUAUCUAGAUCCCGGGUUGUGGUCGAAAACACCUUUGGAAUUUUAGCUUCUGUAUUUAGAAUUUUUCGAAGACCUAUCAAUUUAGAUAAAGACGUUGUGAUAGAACUUACGAUGACCUGUGUACUAUUACAUAAUUUUCAUAGAAAUAGUAAAAGUUCUUCAGAUAGAUAUACACCACCCGGAUCAUUUGAUGUAUAUGAUGACAAUGGAAAUCUGCUGAGACCUGGUGCAUGGCGCAAUAAUAUAAACGAGUAUAAUGUAAUACAAAAUUUACCGCAAAUACCUGGAAGGUCACCACUAAAUGCCAUUAAGGUAAGGGAAGAGUUUACUUCGUAUUUUUGCAGAAGUACGAAUACUUAAGGUCUAAAUAUUUUAUUUUAUUUUAAUAACGAUGUGAGUUACUGAUUGCUCUAUGAACACGUGUAUUAUGAAACAUAAUAAUAAAGAAACUAUAAUACAAUUAU